AUGAAUGUGACUAAAAGGAAGUUCAAUGCCCUUCUAAAUGGCAUUGGCAAUAAAUCAACGACCUCACUCUCCUCCCAAAAGGAUGUCAACAAUGAUUCCAGCGUUGAUUUAACAGCUAGCUCAACGACCGACCAAGCAGACUCACAGCCCAAGAAGCGUCGCACUAGCGGUUCAACUUCGAAAGACAUAGAAACAGUUUCCACGGUGAAAACUCUCGCGACGAAGCUCUCUGCCACAGCAAACAUGACACAUAAGAAAGCCGCAUCUGUCGCAACCACCCCAUUAAACAUGGAGAGUCCCAAGUACGCGCCUUGGGAUCGAGAAGAAUUCCUGAAGCGUCUGAAAUCAUUUUCGAACAUUGCAGAUUGGACGCCCAAGCCAGCGAAGGUUAACGAGGUAGAAUGGGCGAAGAGAGGGUGGGUGUGUCAAAAGAUGGAAAGAGUCAGAUGCUGUCUUUGUAAUGUGGAGAUACUGGUAAAACUCAACCAGAAAGUGGUGGACGGAAAGGUGCAGCCUGUGUAUAUUGAGGAUAACAUAGAAGAGGCUCUGGUGGAGAAGUAUGUUGAGCUCAUUGUAUCUUCGCACGAUGAGAGUUGCCUCUGGAAGCAAAGGGGCUGUGACGAUACGAUAUUCAAAUUACCGCUCACGCACGCACCGACGACACUUGAAAGUCUCCGCGGACGAUAUGACGAAUUGCUAGCUAGGAAGGCCCACCUCCCAUAUGACUUCAACAUACGGACACCGUCUGGUUUUGACUACGACACUGUCUUGAAUUACCUUCCUAAGAACUUCUUCGCUCCAGCCACCCAAACAGAUGUAGAGAAUGCUUCAACCCCAGCUGUGAAUAAAGUUGCAUUUACGAUGGCGUUAUUUGGCUGGCAGGGACAAAGACACGAACGUUUAGGGGAUCAGUUGGACUCAUUAUCUUGCCAAGCAUGUUUCAGGAAUCUUGGACUGUGGCUAUUCAGAAGCAAAGAAGUUAAUAGCUCAGGUGAAGAAGUGGUUCGAGCCCCGAUGAGCUAUUUGGAUACCGUUGAGGAACAUCGAGACUAUUGCCCUUGGAGGAACGCAGUAUCACAGAAUGGGUUGAAAGCGGCAUCGGUGUCAGAAACUACAGCUGUCCCAGGAUGGAAGGUUGCGAUACGGGUAUUGAAGAAUGAUUAUUACUUACGGACAGGAAAAGAUCCGAAACAAAGUAUUGCGGAAGUUACCAAACCAGUGGAUGACCAGGCUAGCGAAUUUGGUAGUAUAAUGGACGACACGGAAGAUGUGAAAGUUAGAGACGAAAAGGAUAAGGAGCGGUGGGCUCGGUUGAGGAGAGUGAAGAGUCUUUUUGAUACGAAGAACAAAAGGAAGUCUGCAGCAAGUGUGAAGGAAAAGGCAAAAGGCACCUCAGGCUUUGCUCCCCAGAACUCUUUGGGCUCGUCCGAGACACCCAGCUUUCGCUCUCGCUCCCCUGACAAAAACAAACCGCAGCAUCAGAACUUACCACGAUCAACUUGGACGACUUCGGACUGGGAAGGCUCAUCACCAUUUAGAGACUUCAAAGUUCCAUCUCCUCUCAGUGAGAUUGGUAACUCGACAUCGAUUCUUUCGCAAGAUACACCUGGAUCGACAUCCUUUGUUUUUGGCGAAAAGCGUUUGAGUGCGCCAACGACCGAGUCUCCUAUACCUUUUGUAUUUGGCGCUUCCAAACAGCAUAGCGAUAACAAGAUGGUCAACGAACGCUCUCCCGCAAAAGUGCCUUUGCGACCGGUCGUACCUAACACUCAAGCGCCACAGAUGUCUCAAAGCUCCGAUUAUCCCAAACCCUCUCAAUCAAAUGUUCCUCAAUUUGGCCAGUCGAGUCUUCCUCAAUCACCGCUUCCAAAGAUUCCGCAGAAGAGUUCGAACAUGUUCAUCCAGCCAAAAUCAAGACCUGAGCACCAUAGAGAGAAUGAUAGACCAGCACAUCCACAUAUGGAUGCUAUAAAGGAAAAGGCGAAAGAGUUCUUCAACCCCUUGAUUCCUCGAGCACCCGCGGCAUACAAUGCGCCAGUCGCUGCCCCAAUGCCUGCUGCAACAACUUAUACCACGACCAAAGCAGCACCAGCGCCAACCUUCAGUUCAUUUGGGGGAACAUCUAGCUUCUCUACUGUUAAUGGCAGAUCUAACUACAUUGAUCUUACUCUGAGCAAUCACCGUGCGACAGAAAAUGAUUAUGAUCCGUUUUCAUUUGUCGACCCUGCCAAAGCGCAAGCUGAUCUAAAGGCCCUGUUCGAAGGGGUCAUCGACGAUGAUGACGAAAUCCCACGUACCAGAUCUCGCAGAAAGAAGAAGGAGGCCGAAAUUGAGGAUCUUGCAGAUAAAUUGAAAGCGAUGGAUGUGCAAGAAGAAGAAAAGUUCGAGGUUGAAGAAGAGGAAGAUGAUGGGACAGUUGAGGGCAUCAAAGUCAAAUUACUUCCUCACCAGACAGAAGGCUUCGACUGGUUGAUGGCUAAGGAGCUGGGCACAAGUAAGAAGAAGGGCAAAGCUCCUAAGGGAGGAAUUUUGGCAGACGACAUGGGUCUAGGCAAAACCUUGCAAUCUAUCGCGCUCAUUGUCAACAAUCCGAGACCUAAAGACGCUGAUUCGAUUGCCAAGCGCAAGCUUCCUGCCGGUGUAGAGAAAUGUACUUUGGUUGUGGCUCCUCUUGCUCUCAUCCGACAAUGGGAAUUGGAAAUAAAGGAUAAAGUGGAAGAAAGUCAUUCGCUUCGAGUAGUUGUCCAUCACGGACCACAACGGACCAAACGUUUUUCAGAUUUGAAGAAGUAUGACGUUGUUAUCACAACCUACCAGAUCUUGGUAUCCGAGUUUGGAAACUCCUCUACUGAUGAAGAUGGUCUGAAAGUCGGCUGUUUCGGUCUCCAUUGGUACCGUGUUAUCCUUGACGAGGCUCAUACCAUUAAGAAUAGAAACGCAAAGGCAACUCAGGCAUGCUAUGCUUUGCGGAGCGAGUAUAGAUGGUGUUUAACGGGAACGCCCAUGCAAAACAAUUUGGAUGAACUUCAAAGUCUCAUCAAAUUUCUACGGAUCCCGCCGUACGACAAUGUCAGGGAAUUCAAGGAUCAGAUCGAUAAGCCCAUGAAGAACGGUCGAGGUGAUUUGGCAUUGAAGCGUCUUCGUACUAUUCUGAUGACCUUCAUGAAAAGACGUACAAAGGAUAUUCUUCUUAAGGAGGGAGCAUUGAAUCCUGGUGGUAAGCCAUCGGCUCCCGGAGCCGCAAGUACCACUGGAUUUAAAGUUACGGAGCGUAAGAUCGUGAAGAUAGCAGCUGAGUUUUCGGACGAAGAACGGCGAUUUUACGAGCGUCUCGAAGCCCGUACCGACGCCAGUAUCGAACAGAUGAUGAGUGGGGAAAAGAUUAAUUAUGCGAGCGCUUUGGUCAUGCUUUUGCGUUUGAGACAAGCUUGCAAUCAUCCCAAGCUUGUCGGCGGAAAGCUUGCAACAGACAGCGAUGCUCUUGCAGCUGAAGCGGGUCCCUCAAAGAAAGCUAAAUCAACAAGCUCAGAAGUCGACGAAAUGGCCGACAUGUUUAGCAGCAUGGGUGUAACAUCGAAGAAAUGUGAAGUGUGUCAACUUGAACUUGGCAAGCAAGCUAUCGAAGAUGGAGCAGUCCGGUGUUUGGAUUGCGAAGCGGAUCUUGAAGGCAUUGAGAAAAAACCCAAAUCUAAGCGGGAGAAAAAAGAGAAGAAACACAAGCACCGUCAUGAGAAAAAGGUGGCCAAAGAGAUCGUAAGGAAACCUCGAAAUCGGGCUAUCAUCACUGAUAGUGAUGAUGAAGAGGAGACUCAGGAGGGCUCUUGGGUCGUACCCGAAGAUCAACGAGGCUCUCUGAAGCUUGGGAAAGCUGGAGGUGUUGAUGAUGAGGAUGCUGAAGGUGGUGGAAGGUGGCUUGACUCGGACGACGAUGACAGCUUUCCAGAUGUCAAAGACAUUGGGACGCAGAAGAAACCUAUCAAGCUCGAUGAAUCUGCUACCGAGUCGGACUCCGAUGAAGACUCAGACUCAGACUCGGACUCAGCCUCAGAAUCUGGAGACGAAGUGGAAGAUGAAUUUGGUUCUGACGAGGAUAAAGAACUUUCAACUGUUGCGACGUCAACAAAGAUCACACAUCUCAUGAAGAUUCUGGGCAAUGAAGUGGCGGAGCACAAGUUCAUUGUCUUCUCGCAAUUUACAUCGAUGUUGGAUCUCAUAGAGCCAUUUCUACGUCAGAAAGGAUUUAAAUUCACGCGAUAUGAUGGCAAGAUGAAGAACGACCUACGCGAAGCCAGUCUCAAUCGGCUUCGUAACGAUCCAAACUGUCGGAUCCUGCUGUGCAGUCUGAAAUGUGGAUCUCUAGGCCUGAAUCUGACCGCAGCUACUCGAGUAGUAAUCCUCGAGCCUUUCUGGAAUCCGUUUGUUGAAGAGCAAGCCAUCGAUCGAGUACAUCGUCUGACUCAAAAAAUUGAUGUGAUUGUGUAUAAGAUCACAGUCGCGGAUUCUGUAGAGGAGCGAAUUUUGGACCUCCAAGAGAAGAAAAGAGAACUUGCCAAACAAACCAUCGAGGGUGGUAAACAAGGAGGUAUCGGCAAGCUUGGUAUGAAGGAGAUUCUGUCACUCUUCAAGCGUGAUGCAGAACAUUCCCAUCCGGUGCAACCCGAUCAGCUUAAUCUGCACACUAAGCCAAGGAUUUUGAAGGAGAUGGGAGUGACCAGUUCUUCCAACGAUUACUCAAGUUCACGAGAACGCAAAGCCACGCCACCCAUGCGGCAAAGCACUGUAAAGGAAGACGAAGUCUAUGGUAGACGAUGGUAA